AUGGACCUUGGCUCCGGAAAUCAAUCCCCAUCAAGCGACCAGCUGGGCAAGGUUACAGACCGUCUUAGCUUAUACCAGAACCACCUUGAUUCGUCCUCAUCGAGGUCUAAAGCAGCAGCAGCAACUACUUCCACCUCGAAACCACAAACAAACACAACACAAUUGCCAUCAACCCCAAUGUCUCGCGACCCGAUUACUUGCCACGUGCUGAACACCCUAACGGGUACCCCUGCCGCCAACCUCCCCGUUACGCUCACCCUCCUUUCAAGCCCAUCCUCAAACACCACAGCCCAAAAUCCCACCUUCACCGCAACAACAAAUGCAGACGGCCGAGUAGCAAACUGGAGUCCCAGUCCUGCGACCGCAGGCUCAUCGCCAAGUGUCUCGGCCCUCCUCGCAUCUCUCCCAGCCUCCGAUAGCAAAACAAACUGGGCUGUACGAUUCGAGGUCGGCCCGUGGUAUGAAGCGCAGGGCGUCGAGAGUUUCUGGCCAGAGGUGGAGGUUAAAUUCUCGGUCAAGGGCCGUGGGAAGGAAGGCGAGGACGGGUGGAGACAUUAUCAUGUUCCUGUGCUGUUGGGGCCUUGGAAUUAUUCGACUUAUCGCGGGUCGUGA